UUGACAGUUUUCACAUGCCGAUCGUCAGUGGCGUUUAAUAUCUACGUUAUUCUGGCGAAACUCUUGUGCCGUUCUUUUAAUUGGCAAAAAUGGGCAAAGACGACGCUGAAACAAUAGCCCUGAAGAAAGAAUUGGAAGAUCUCAUCAACAAAUGCAAGGACGAUCAAAAAAAACAGCAGGACACAACGUUGGAGCAAGCGUGUGGCGGAGUGGCAGACGCUUCGAAAGUCAGAUUAUCAACUAAGAAGCUGCUGAAGGGCCAUAUCAAUAAGGUCAACUCGGUACAUUACAGUGGCGAUAAUCGACACUGCGUGACUGGAUCGUUGGAUGGGAAAUUGAUCAUUUGGGAUUCAUGGACUGGCAACAAGGUGCAGGUCAUCCCGUUACGGUCGGCCUGGGUGAUGUCGGUGGCCUUCGCGCCGUCCGGCAAUUUUGUCGCGUGCGGCGGCAUGGAUAACAUGUGCACCGUCUACGACGUGAACAACCGCGACGCCACGGGGUCCGCCAAAAUCGUGCGGGAACUGCUGGGUUACGAGGGAUUCCUAUCGUCCUGCCGAUUCCUCGACGAUAAAAAGAUCAUCACCGGAUCUGGUGACAUGAAAAUCUGCAUGUGGGAUCUCGAAGCCAACAAGAAGACGACGGACUUCGAGGCGCACUCGGGUGACGUGGUGAGCAUCAGCCUGUCGCCCGACGGCAACACUUACGUCACCGGCUCCGUCGACAAGACUUGCAAGCUGUGGGAUUUGCGGGAGGAGAAAGCCAAGCAAACAUUCUUCGGCCACGAAGCUGACGUAAAUUCCGUUUGCUAUCAUCCCUCCGGGCAAGGUUUCGUAACAGCUUCCGAGGACAAGACGGCGAGACUGUGGGAUUUCAGAUCCGAUCAGCAAUUAGCCACCUUCAAGCCGCCGAGCUCGAAUCCCGGAUUUACAUCGUGCGGCUUAUCUCUGAGCGGCAGAUUCAUAUUUUGCGGCAGUGAUGACAAUUCCAUACACAUAUGGGAUGCAUUGAAGAACCAACACAACGGUGUCUUGUCGGGCCAUGAGAAUAGAGUGACAUCACUUAGCGUCUCCGGCAAUGGAAUGGCAGUGGCUAGCUGCUCCUGGGAUCAGAACGUUCGAAUUUGGGUGUAAAGCACACAUAAUUUAUCACACGCCAGAGCUGUCAAUCGACGAGAAUCCUGAACAAAAUAUAUCAACAGAAAUGUAUUCAUGCUAAAAGCCGAUCGAUCCUUCUCGCAUGAAAUCUGUACAGCGACUUUUGUUAAUUAAGUUCUUAUCGAUAUACAAGCUAUUGCAUUUCACUUAUACUUACGGCAUAUCUUAAUGUACAUUAAAAUGCUCUUUCCGUUUGCAAUUUGCAUUAUUAACUGAAUAAUACAAAGUACACGAGUGUUUUAUUGAGAUAUGAAUUCUGAAUCCAUUCUGUGUAUCAGAAAUAAAUCUCCAUUCUAUAAA